AUGCAGGAGACUUUCGAACCAGUUCUCCUCGAGCGCAAGGCGGCUGCUAUACGCAAAUCCACCAGCAACAGUCAACUGCAGGCUCGAACUAACAACAAACGCCGUACGCCAGCCCAGAUCUUAACACGCGCCACAGUGCGACCCCUCAAGAUGCUACUAUUGCCUAUCAUCCUCCCGCUCUCUCUAAACUGCGCCUUCAUGUUCGGUCUUACCUACCUUCUUUUUACUACCUUCCCUGCCGUAUUUGAAACAACAUACAAAUUUGCCACUGACAUCUCUGGUCUUACAUAUCUAGGUCUCGGUGUUGGUAUGAUUAUCAGUAUUGGGCUGUUCGCCGUUCUCAGCGACAAGCUACUCAAGCAGCCGCGCGAGGGAACUCUCGAGCGGCCAGAGCUACGUCUAAUUCUUAUAAUCUGGUCAGCGCCUAUUAUUCCCAUCGGCUUCUUCUGGUACGGAUGGAGUGCCGACAAAGUCACUCAUUGGAUUGUUCCAAUCCUAGGCACUAUGUUCAUUGCCCUCGGUGCCUUUCUGAUCUUUAUACCCGCCUAG